CACUGAAUUCAGGGCCUACUUAAGAAAUUAUCAAAUAACCCAUAAAGUUAUUUACUGGAAAAGUUGAAAUUCACCUUACAUAUACAAGAUGAGUUCUUCACAAUGCAGAUUUUAUGAGAAUAAGUAUCCUGAAGUGGAUGAAGUUGUCAUGGUCAAUGUUCAAGAGAUUGCUGAAAUGGGAGCUUAUGUAAAAUUAUUGGAAUAUGAUAAUAUUGAAGGAAUGGUAUUGUUAUCUGAAUUGUCUAGAAGGCGUAUUCGUUCCAUUCAAAAGUUAAUUCGUGUUGGUAAAAAUGAAGUUGCUGUUGUAUUAAGAGUUGAUAAAGAAAAGGGUUAUAUUGAUUUAUCUAAAAGAAGAGUUUCAGCUGAAGAUAUAGUUAAAUGUGAUGAAAGAUAUAAUAAAUCUAAAGCAGUACACUCUAUUUUAAGACAUUGUGCUGAAAAAUUCAAUGUUUCAUUAGAAACUUUAUAUCAAACCAUUGGCUGGCCAUUAAGUAGAAAAUUUGGUCAUGCUUAUGAUGCAUUUAAAUUAUCAAUUACUGAUCCAACCAUUUUUGAAGAAAUUGAAGCACCAUCUGUAGAUAUAUUGGAAGAAUUAAAAUUAUACAUUUCUAGAAGAUUAACUCCUCAAGCCAUUAAAAUAAGAGCUGAUGUUGAAGUUUCAUGUUUUAGUUACGAAGGUAUUGAUGCUAUUAAAGAAGCUUUAUUUGCAGCUGAAAGUGUUUCAACUGAACAAAUGCAAGUUAAAGCUAAAUUAGUGGCUGCACCAUUAUAUGUUAUCUCAGUUCAAGCAUUAGAUAAAAAUCAAGGUAUUAAAUUAUUAGAAAGUGCCAUUGAAAAAAUAACCGAAACUAUUAAACUGAAAGGUGGUAUUUGUAAAGUCACCUUGGCUCCAAAAGCUGUUACUGCUACUGAAGAUGCUCAAUUACAAGCAUUAUUGGAAAGAAAAGAAGCUGAAGAAACUGUUUCUUCUGAUGAAGAAGAAGGAGAAGAUAUCCUUGAUUAGUAAUAACAGUAUAUAGUAUAUACAUUUCUAUUUUAUCUUGUAGUUAUACAUAUUUUUAUACAAAUUUCUAAUUAAUAUAUUAGUUCAUUAAGUCUUUUUUUUU